CACUCCGACGCUUUUUCCCGUGCGGUGUGAGCGGUUGACCGGUGGUUAACGGGCCGAGCCUCCGCGUGGCUCCUCUCCGUGUCCCAGACGAUCUGCGUGUCUCCGGGUGGGGCAGCAGUUUGAACUCUAACUUUAACGCUUCGUCUCUUUAUGGAGGAUUGUUCCGGCUCCUCUGAGGCCGCAGCGCGAACACGUCAGCGGGCUUGUGUUUAACAGUUUGAGAGUUUGAAGUUGUCAGUGUGAGUUGUGAGCUGCUGGACCAGCGUAGACCAGAAUCAUGGCCUCUGGGAAGAACAAGAACCAGACGUCCCUGGUUCUCCACAAGGUGAUCAUGGUGGGCAGCGGCGGCGUUGGAAAGUCCGCCCUCACCCUGCAGUUCAUGUACGACGAGUUUGUCGAGGACUACGAGCCCACGAAGGCCGACAGCUACAGGAAGAAGGUGGUGCUGGACGGCGAGGACGUUCAGAUCGACAUCCUGGACACGGCGGGGCAGGAGGACUACGCCGCCAUCAGAGACAACUACUUCCGCAGCGGAGAGGGUUUCCUGCUGCUGUUCUCCAUCACGGAGCACGAGUCCUUCACCGCCACGUCUGAGUUCAGGGAGCAGAUCCUGCGGGUGAAGGAGGAGGAGGCCAUCCCGCUGCUCCUGGUGGGGAACAAGUCGGACCUGGAGGAGCGGCGCCAGGUUUCUGCCGACGAGGCCACGGCGAAGGCCGGCGAGUGGGGGGUGCAGUACGUGGAGACGUCGGCGAAGACGAGAGCCAACGUGGACAAGGUUUUCUUUGACCUCAUGCGGGAGGUUCGCAAGAAGAAAAUGUCGGAGAGCAAAGACAAGAACGGGCCGAGCGGCAAGAAGAAGAAGAAGCGCUGCUGCAUCCUUUAACCUCCAGGAGACAAAGUGCCAAACGGUCCCACCUGCACCGAGCAGCGGCUCCACGUCGAUAAAGUGUCGACUCUAAAUCUCUGGAUGCUCGUCUGCUGCUUUAUUUUUACUACAUCAAAAUCUAUUUUUCUCCAAAUGUGUAAAAUCCAAACUAAACAAAGCGCCAGUGACGAGUUCACGUUUCACUUUCCACCGGAGGAUUCUCACUUCCUCUGUCACGUCUGAUGUGAAGUUGCUGCUUCCUCUUUCGUCGACUAGUCAAAUGGGCCAAAAGUAUGCGGACGCAUUUCUCUCCAGUUUUCUCACAGUCCGGUUGGUCCCUGAGGUUUCGAGGUCGAAGCUUCCUCCUGGGAAACGUCUGUUUGAGGAGCAGCUGUGUGCACGAGGCCGGCGUCACGUUAACACAGAGCCAAUCACCAGAGAGCGUUUAGUCUUCAUUCAGAGGUUUGACCGUUUCUGUUCGGCCGGGUGACAGGAGACGUGUCCACAUACUUUUGGCCACGAUGUGUAUUUUUCCUGCAGAAACCAACAAUCAAAGAACGUAAAGUCCCAGGAAACCGUUUGUUUUCCACGUGGAAACCAGUUUGUAGAACCUCGAUGCAGGUCGACGGAGGAAAACCGAUUCUGAUGAUGUCGAUGAAAGAGAUUUGUGCCUUAACCUGUUUCCUGUCGUUUAGUUCUUCUUCACCUUCUUCUCUCGUCCGUCAGAAGCCAAACUGUUUGCGUUUUUCUCCGUUUCUGUCUUUUCUCACAUUCCUGAUGCUAGCGACACUCCGUUUGUAUGAAACUUUAUCGUCCACUCCCUGACGAACACCAGUGUAAUUUAUAAUCAAAGGGAUUCUUCUGUUUCAAUCACUUCCUGUUGUGUUUGUGACGCCUGUGGUUUGAACGGACGCUGUGUGUGUUUGUGUUGGUGUGUGUGUGUGAGACCACAUUUCAUUUGAUAAUAAAAGAAAAGACCCAUCGA